ACCGGUUUUUCAACCUACGCCUGGAUUGCCAUGCGUCGAUUAGAGUUCCAAAAUAGUAGUAGUGUAAAGAAGAGGACAUAGUUCCUCCAAUUUGAAGAUGUGGAAUCAGGACAGUAUUCUGGUUCUUCUUUUAUUUCUGGUGCUAACAGUACACACUGUGAAAUCACAGGAACCAUGCAGUUCUCCAGGCCCUAACAUCGCUGGUUCUGUGUUUGAAUCCAGUAUCAUUGAUUUUGACCCAAAUUCUGCACUCUACAGAACGGACACAUUUAUAGAGGGAAUUAAUCUCGGGACUGAUCUAAAUACAGGGGUCAACCUCACUAUUAUUCGCUCAACAGCCACACCAGAUAGCGUCAACUUGAAUGAACUGUUUGAAUUGAUAAUGCUGCCAGUUACUGGUGCAGCUUUUGGAAACAGAGCUUUCAUCCGUUUAAAGCAAGCAAUUGACAGAGAUGGAACUUCUUUCACAGCUAGUGAUGAUCUUGACACAAUAGAAUUUGAAAUAAAGUGUGUCUCAAGGAAAAACCCAGUUGAGUCAAAGUUCUUCUUGAUGCAACUGGAGAUCAAGGACAUAAAUGACAAUGCACCUAUAUUUGCCAAUGAACCCUACACCGCUGCUGUGGCUGAGUCUGCACCAGUAGGGACUACGGUGUACUCAGGGAUAUCAGCUACAGAUCUGGAUACGGGAACCAACAAAGAAAUAGACUACGCCAUAGUUCCAGGAGAUGGAAGCAUUAAUGAUGGAUCUACCAAAUUUCUACUUCCUAUAACUUCAAGAGGAGAAAUAGUUGUUAGAGAUCUUUUGGACUUUGAAUCUGUUCAGCAAUAUGUUCUCACAAUAUCUGCAACUGAUAAAGCCAGUAAUCCUGGGGACAGGAAACAGACGACCACCACUAUCACAAUCACUGUAAACGACGUGGAUGAUUUAAGACCCAAAUUUGUGUAUUCCACUUGCUUUGCUGUUAACAAUGCUUGUUUCAACCCCACCUAUACAACCAGUAUUACUUCUGGAUCAUCAGGUGGCCAACUUGUAUUCAGUGCUGUUCCUGGUAAUGAAGUUGUCAACAUCACCGCACAGGACAGGGACACCCUCAACGCUCCAGUUUCAUUUAGUUUACAACUAACUUCACCAGCUGGGUAUCAGAACAGAUUCCAAGUCACCACUCAACAAGUCGCUAGCUCUCCCCAGUACCAGGCUACCAUAACCCAGAUUAUAGCUAUUGAUCGGUCCCAAGUUCCUGAACUGGAACUCUAUUUGGAGGCUAGAGAGGGCCUAACGAACAGGUACUCGGACAGAGCUACAAUAAAAGUGACUGUUGACUCCGCCAACAACAACAAUCCAGUACUAACUGUACCCUUCCAAGGAUUCAUCAACGAAAAUUCACCAGUGGGAGCAAUACCAAGGAAUAAUGAUGGAUCGAAUCUAUUAAAGAUAUCUGUCACAGAUCCAGAUCUAAUUUCAGGCGAAACGGGAACAUACACUUUUACAGUCUCUGGAACAGGACUAUUCCGUGUAAACAGUGAGGGAUACGUGGAAGCAACGGCACCAAUUGACUACGAGUCCACUCCAUCGGUCAUUUUCACUGUGACUGGAACUGAGGUUGGAACCCAGAUCCCGAGGAGUGGGGCCGUGCAGGUCACCGUUAUUGUCCGAGAUCUGAAUGACAACUCUCCAGUUUUUGGAGCAGCUAAUUACACGGACACAAUUGUGGAGGGAGACUACAGUACUAGCAACCAAGUUCUUGUGGAUGUUUCAGCAAGUGAUGCAGAUACUGGUGCUAAUGGAGACAUUGUGUAUUCCAUACAAAGUGUCUCCAACAAUGGAUUUUCCAAAUUCUCCAUUCAAAAUGAUGCAGGAACAGGAAGAGCUACCAUUAGUUGUGUGGGAAGUGUAACAGACGGCGAAGUUUAUGUUCUGACAGUCCAAGCUACGGACCAGGGCCAACCUAUCUCCGAGAGAAGGAGUGUUACAGUGCCCGUGGAAGUGACUGUGACACCAUUAGGGACACGCCCCCCUGUCAUUGAUGCCCCUGCCUUUACAAUUGCUAUCAGUGAGGCUGUGCCAAUUGCUUCAUCUGUGUGGACUGUUCCGGUGCAAGGAUGGUCGGCCAGAGAUCCAGAGGGACUUCCUUUGACCUUCAGAGUUCUGUCUGGAGAUGGCAACAAUGACUUUACCUUGAGCUCAACAACGGGGGAGCUUAGUACAGCUAGACUAUUGAACAGGGAGGCAAUACCUCAGUACACUUUGAACAUUCAAGUCCAGGAUCAAACUUCACAGUUUGCACAAACAACGCUGACAAUUAUCAUACAAGACGUGAACGAUAACAACCCUGUUUUUACAACAAGUAUCUACACAUUCUCAGUAGUAGAAGGAAAGACCAAUGAACCUGUGGGCACUGUCACGGCAACUGAUGCAGACCUGGGUAUAAAUGCAAAUGUUGCGUACCAGAUAUCACCAUAUUCAUCAACAGGCUCUGCCAGUUUAUUUUCCAUUCAACCAUCUGGAGAAAUUCGAACACUCAGUGCAUUAGAUUAUGAGACAAGAACCUCUCAUGUGAUCCUGGUGCUGGGCACCGAUGGAGGAGCUAGUGCUAGAACUGGAACAGCAACUGUUACCAUCAAUGUACAGGACGUAGAGGACGUGAUUCCAUUGUUUACAGAGACUAAUAUCGAGAGGUCCAUUAAUGAACGACAACCAAUUAAUACAGUGGUAGUGCAAGUCACGGCAUUGGAUCAGGAUACGACCAAGCGUAUUAGUUACACAUUCAGCGGGGGGGAGACCAGUGCCUUUAGUAUCGAUGCAAAUAGUGGUGUCAUCUCUACCACACAGAUUCUUCAGUACGAGACGAAGAAUCGCUAUGUGUUCACAGUAACUACAAAUGAAGGAGCAAGUUCCAAUGCCUUGUCUGCAACAGCAACAGUCACCAUUAAUGUUCUGGAUAUCAACAAUUAUCCUCCAGUGAUUGCGCCUGUGCCUGCCAAUAUACAGUUUCUUGAAAAUGUUCCUGUGGGAACUGUUCUUCUUUCCAGUAUCACAGUGAAUGAUGCAGACGCACAGAAUACUGCCAACAGUGAAAUAGGCUUUCGAAUAACCUCUGUUACAUCCAGUGCUACCAAUCCAAAUCUUCGGGAAUGGUUCUACAUCAACCCACAAACUGGGCAGAUCAUUUUGGGUAGAUCAUUUUUACAAGACCCUGGUGUUGCAAGAUAUGAAAUUACUGUGGAGGCACGAGAUGGUGGAGUGCCUUCAUUGUCUGCCUCCACUACGGUUACCGUCAACGUAGUAAGAAACACCGCUCCAUUCUUCCCGCCUCCAAAAUCAGCUACAGUCACCAUCUCCAAUAGCCACGCAGUGAAUUCAUUAGUCACCACUUACACAGCCACAGACAAUGAUAACGAGCCUCAGUUUAACCAGGUGACCUACUCCAUGGUAACAGACUCCACCGCGAAUUCCCUGUUCAGACUGGAUUCUGUCAGUGGACAGAUUACGCUCAUUAGCACCCUCACAGCUGACGAUGCUUCUCAGUACUUUUUGACAAUCAUUGCGACAGACAAUGGAGGCCUAUCAGACACUGGUACAGUUACUGUUAGUGUGAAUCGCAAUUUAUUUAAUCCUCAAUGGAAUCCAAGUGGCGGACCCUUCACGGCUACAAGAAAUGUGACAGAAAAUAGAGCAGUCUUGGAUACCGUAUAUACCCUCUCAGCAAUAGACACAGAUAUUCAGCCACCAUUCAAUACGAAAGUCUACAACAUUUUGUCAACUACAAGUGCUGCCCAGCAUUUCCAGAUUGAUAGUCAGGGAAAUGUCCAAAUCAUUCGUUCCCUAGCCAUUGAUCGUGGAGUCAGUCAGUAUGUGCUGACCAUUGAGCUAAGAGAUGGUGGAAACAGAGUCGCGGCACAACGGUUUACACUCACCGUGAAUGUUAUCAGAAACACAAACCCCCCAGUUUUCUUUGAUGCUUCAUAUUACAAAGAAAUUGAUGAGACACUAAGUGUUGGGUCCAGUAUUCUACAAGUACAAGCCAGCGACCAGGAUCCAGAGCUGCAGUUCAGAACCAUCACCUUUACCCUGUUGGCAAACACUGCUGGAAAUAACUUGUUUUCUAUGGAUGCUGCGUCGGGUAUUCUUAGUGUGAAAAGUACUCUGACCAGUGAUCCAACUGUCACUUUUAAUAUGAUAGCAGUUGCCACUGAUGGUGGUAGUCCAUCCCAGUCAGCAAAUGCCGUGGUUACCAUCAAAGUCAACCGCAACCGUGUUACUCCGUUGUGGAACACUCUUUCUUAUCAGGUCACCAUCUUGGAAACUCAGACAGUGGGUUCACCUUUAAGUCUGAGUCCAAGUGCACUUAGUGCAAGGGACACUGACGCCCAGCCACCUAACAAUGUGGUUAACUUCCGCUUGAAAGCCAUUGUUGCUAGGGAAGGGUCAACUGUGUAUCCGAGUGAACAGGACAGUUUUGCGGUCAGCACCAGCGGACAAGUGACAGUGAGGAGUCCUUUGAUGGGACUAACGGCCACAGUUUAUGAGUUGUUGGUGGAAGCGUAUGAUUUGGGAGAUCCUUCCAGGACUAGCUCAACCAAUGCGACUGUCACUAUUAAUGUACAGCGUAACAGAGCUCCCGUUUUCACCUCAUCAUCGUAUGGUUUUACAAUGAGGGAGGAUGCCACGGUGGGCAGUCAGACCCUAGUCGGACAGGUCAUAGCAAACGAUCCAGACACAGCAAUCUCGCAAUUCAGCACCCUGACCUAUGCCAUUGAAUCUCUGGGAGUGGGGUCUCCCAGCGUAUAUUUUACUAUUGAUUCCAGUGGUCGCAUCACCUUAAGAAAUGCUGUAAAUACAAUACUUGACUCAGAAUUCAGGUUUUUGGUACGAGUCUCAGAUAGUGGAACACCACCCCUGUCAGAUGAGGCAGUGGUUACCAUAACGAUUAACAGGAACUUGUGGGCCCCAGCAUUUAAUCCGCUGAAUUACGCCACAACUGUCCAGGAGACCCUCCCAGCAGGAUCAAAUACAGAUGUUGUAGUAAUUGCCACAGAUCAAGAUUUAAAUGCACCAAAUAAUCAAGUUCUUUAUUCAGCUGUUGGGGAUCAGAGUGCCAUGCAGUACUUUGAUGUUAAUGAAAACAGUGGGCGGGUCUUCAUCAGACAACCUCUGUACACUGGAACUUCAUCUCAGUAUUUGCUGAAUGUCAGAGUGUCAGAUAGAGCGGAAAGCCCACUGAUUUCACAGCAAACGGCCACAGUCACAAUAACAGUCGAACGGAAUCUCUUCCCACCUGUGUUCCGCAACCUGCCUACAACCCAGUCCCUCCCCAGAACUUCUGGAGUUGGAUUUGAUGUCUACACAGUCUUUGCCAAUGACAGUGAUACUAAAACCCCCUUUAAUGUUGUUACAUACUCUUUAGUGUCGGGGACAAAUGAAUUCAGUAUUAACCCAGGAUCUGGGCUUAUACAACUACAGACAAACACACUGACUCAAGCUGAAUAUGUGUUGACGGUGGAGGCCCGAGAUGGAGCAAAUGUUCCUAGGAGAAGCUACUCCACGCUGACUUUGAGAGUUGAUAGUAAUUUAGAAAAGCCGGUGUGGGCGACACCUGGUUCUCUGACUUCAUUUGAAGCUUCCACUACAAUUUACGAGACUCACGACUAUGUGACUUCGGUGUAUUCAUUCCAAGCUAAUGAUGCAGACACUGUGAACCCUUACAACACUGUGAGAUAUGUAGUGGAGGGCGAGGGCAAUGCUCCAAACUUUUUCGCUGUGGCUGAUAGUGGACAAACGUUCCUAAAAACAUCCCUACUGCAAAGAACAGAAACCCAAUUUGUGCUGGUGGUAAGAGCAGAGGAUGGUGGAAAUCCGCCCCGUCAAGCCGACAACAAAGCCAAACUGACCAUCACUGUGAUUAGAAACAACAACGCUCCUCAGUGGCAAAACCCAAUGACAACAGCUCUGAUUUCACAACAAGCUGGAACUGGGCAAUCAGUUGGCACUGUGCUUGUAGCGACAGACACUGAUACUUUCUUCAACGUAGUGCGAUACGAGAUCAUCGGGGAUGGUGAUGCUGCAGCCUUCUUUACGAUUGCCAACCCAUCCAUCGGACAGAUCACAGUGGCAAACUCUCUGGCAUCAUCAUCUGACCAGAUCUACUACGUCCGAGUUCGAGCCUAUGACAAUGGUGCUCCAGCCAAAGACAAUGUGACUGUUGUGGCUAUUACAGUAGAAAGAAACAUCUUUGCACCAGAGAUUACCUCUUCUAAUGUUGGACGAAGCAUUCCAGAGACCCAGAGUCUGGGACUUUCCAUUGCUACAGUUACAGCUCGGGACAGAGACACACAACCUCCCCACAACCAGUACCGCUUCAGAUUGUUCGCUACACAGCCAACAUCAGAUUACUUUGGUCUGGACAGUUUGAAUGGAAACAUUUUUGUCAAGAAAGACUUGACUUUGGAGACAGCCAAUACAUAUCUGAUGUACGUACAAGCUUAUGAUAUGGGAUCUCCCUCCAAGACCUCCGCCACAAAUGCCACCGUGACCAUUACUGUCUACAGGAAUCUGCAGACACCUACCUUCUUUGGUGGACCAUUUAAUGCCAACAUUCCCGAGACCACAAGCACUGGCACCUCCAUACUUCAAGUCAAUUUUAGAGAUUCAGACUCAAAUACACCUUUUAACAAUGCGACGGUGUCUGCUAUUGGAGACGACAAAGCUCUGACCUAUUUCCGUCUGGAAAAUGAUGGCCGUAUAAUAGUAAAUAAUGCUCUAACUGCUGACUCCGACACACAGUAUCUGAUGAGAAUUUUGGCUCGAGAUGGUGGCUCUCCCCCUAAAACUGCGACAGCAGUUGCCACUAUAAAUGUGCAGCGUAACAUCAACAACCCAGUCUUUGAGAAACAGUCCUACAGUGCAACCAUUCUAGAGACCAGGCAGCUUGGGCUUCCAUUUUUGCAAGUGAACGCUACAGAUAAUGAUCAAAGGGCACCAUACAAUGAAGUUCGAUACUUUAUUAGCUCCGUGCCUGCAAGUGCUCAGGGUGCCCAAUAUUUCAUGGUGGAUAGCCUCACAGGAAAUAUUAGUCUUCGUCAAUCUCCCAUGUUGGAUAGUGCCAGGACUGUGGAUUAUACGUUCACUGUGAUUGCAUCGGAUGGUGGGAAUCUCCAGGCAAACAUCCCGGCCAGUGUGCGUGUUACUGUAAUCCGCAAUAACAAUGCUCCAUCAUUCACUAAUCUGCCCCGGGACAGUCUGAUUAACCACAACACUUCAGCAGGGACUAUAGUCUACACAGCCAGUGCAUCUGAUCCCGACCCAGGUGUUUUUGGAGAGCUGACCUACAGUCUAACAGGAGACGGGGAUUCAACAAGUGUGUUUGAUAUAAAUUCUGUUUCUGGUGACAUUACUCUGCGACAAUCCGUUUUCCAGCAAACAACUACUUUAUACACGUUGCGAGUACGAGCUCAGGAUAAUGGCAGUCCGAGAAGGGAAGCUGUCAGUAUUCUAACUCUAACAGUACAAAGAAACUUUCAGGCCCCACGGUUUUUACAAAAUAGCUACAUCAUGACAGUCAGGGAAGAUCGAAGCAUUGGAUUUUCCUUUGGUAGACUCUUAGCGUCAGAUUCAGAUUCUGCGAGUCCAAAUAAUGUUGUCCAGUACUAUUUCACUUCGGCCACACCUUCUGAGAGAUUUCUGAUCAAUCCCACCACUGGAGAUGUUUCCAUUCGAAAGGAUCUAACCACUGAAGAAAUCAAGACAUUCAACUUUCGGGUACAAGCUGCGGACUCCGGCUCCCCCCAGAGAACAAGCCCGGAAGUUCCUCUAACUAUUAAUGUCCAGAGAAAUGACUUUGAUCCUUUGUUCAGUAACCUGCCCGGCAGUGUAACGAUUAGAGCAGAUGCUGGAACGGGGUCCUCUGUGUUCACCGUGAGCUCGACUGACGCUGAUACUGUCGAUGAUUUCCGACGUAUGGAGUACACGAUUGUUGGUGAUGAUUCUGCCACAGCACUGUUUAAUGUUGAUCAGACAGGAAGGAUAACUGUUGCCUCAACACUAAGGACGGAUCCCGCUGAGCAAUACAGGGUUCGCUUGCGUGUGAGAGAUUUUGGAACUCCUAAAAGAUCAUCGACAGGUCUGCUUCUAGUUAAUGUGACGAGGAACUUAAAUGCUCCAAGUUUUCUUCCUAAUCAGUACCAAAGGACAAUCCUUGAAACACAGACUCUAGGAGCCAGCAUAUUGCAAGUGACUUCCAGUGAUGCAGAUACCACGGCACCAAAUAAUGUACGUACCUACAACCUAACUGGAAAUUCAUUAGCACUACAGUACUUCCAAAUCAAUUCAGCAACGGGAGUUAUUUCCCUGUACAAAGAUCUCCGAGAUGAUGCAGCAGCCACGUCAAGUUACACUUUGACUGUAUCUGUGGUGGACAAUGGCUCCCCUUCUUUGGCAGGGACAAAUACAGCAACAGUGACUAUAUUUGUCAACAGAAAUUCUCAGCCUCCACGGUUUGUCAAUGCUCCAUACCUUUCCAACAUAACCAGAAUAGUCCAGGACAACUCGUUCCUACCCAGUGUUUCUAUAUUUACCUCAGAUGGUGAUACAGUGAAUCCCUUCAAUGUUGUGUCUGUGAGUGUGAUUGGAGACGAUUCUGCUGUGACCCUAUUUCAACUGGAUGGAGCUAGUAUUCGUGUUCCUAAUGCAGCCAAUCUAGCAGCAGACACUGCCAACACCUACAAACUUCGGUUACUGGCAGAAGAUGGAGGCUCUCCCAAGAAAACUGCUACCACAACAAUAGACAUCAACGUGAAUAGAAACCUUGUCCCUCCCCAAUUCAACCCUCCCUCCUACAGCCAAAGCAUCAUAGAAAGUUUUCCAGUUGGAAGUGAAAUUGUUAAAGUGUCCGCCACAGAUUCUGACCCGCAGGCUCCAAACAAUGUAUUCAAGUACAGUAUAACGGGUGAUUCCAAUGCACAAACCUAUUUCUACAUAAAUCCGGACUCUGGACGACUUUCCUUAAAGCAGACCAUCAAGGGCAUUGGGAUCACUCAAUUCAGGUUACAAGUAACUGCUACUGAUGAGGGGUUGACACCUUUGAGUGGGCAAACAACAGUUGUUGUCAACGUAACCAUUGAUGACACGCUUAGAUUCACACAGCUGCAGCCCUACACGGCCAUUAUUGAUGAGAGUGUUCUUGUAGACAGUCCGGUCACCACAGUAGCUGCUACUCCUCAGCCUAAUAUCAAGUAUACAAUCGUUGGCUUCAGUGAUAGUCCAGACUAUUUUAAAAUCGAUGAGGCUCUUGGUACCAUUUCUGUGAAAAUAGACCUUCGUACUGAUUUAUCAAAGAGAUCUACAUAUUUGUUACAAGUGAGAGCAGAGAAGCAGUUCCCUAAUGGACUACAAUCAGUAGAAAACCUAGUCAAUGUGACUGUCCGCAGAAACACCAAUGCUCCCUUCUUUAACUCAAGUGAAUAUCGAACAAAUAUCGAUGAAAAGUACAGUUUGGGACGAUCAGUCAUACAAGUGUUCGCCGAAGAUUCUGACACACAGGAUGUUCUCCUGUAUUCCAUUAUUGAGCAAACUGGAGAGACAGAACCAUUUUACAUGGCUCCUAGCACUGGAGUUAUCACCCUGAAUCAGCUUCUGACUGGCUCCUCCAAAACUACUUACAGGUUUGGUGUGCAAGUUAGUGAUCAAUCCAAACCUGAGAAAUUUGGACAGUCACAGGUGUUGUUGACAGUGACAAGGAAUACAAGCCCUCCAUCUUUUGACAGACCUCAGUACGGAGCACCAAUUAAUUACAAUAAGGCUCCAGGACUAGUGGCUACUACCCAAGCUAGUGAUCCAGAUUUAUCCGGUACACUUGUCUAUGAGGUCAUCGGAUACUACUCUGCUCCUGGAUAUUUCGGAGUUGAUUCCAAUGGACAGGUCAAUCUGCUGUCUAGUGUAGCUGAUGAUACAGCACUGACAUACACUCUUGGACUGGCAGCUUAUGAUAGUGACUAUCCGGAUCAGAAGGCUUAUGCUAAUGUUACCAUCAUCGUCAAUCGAAACCCUAAUGCCCCAGGCUUUACCACUCCAACCUACAGUAAAACCGUCAAUGAAAGCUACCCACUGGCUGUCAGCCUGCUUCAGAUUAAUGCUGAAGAUGCAGAUCAGCACACCAUUGAGUACAUAUUAGAAUCCAGCAAUCCUGUGGAGGGGAGUAAUUUCUUCUACUUAAACCCAGCUACAGGCCUUCUGACUGUUUCCAGACCUCUCACUGAGACUUCUACUCAGACCUUCACUCUUCAAGUUCGUCUGAGAGAUGAUGGACUUCCACCUAAACCGUCAGGAGUUACAGCCCCUGUCACUAUAACAAUCACAAGAAACAACAAUGCUCCCAUUUUUACUGGGUCAUUUUCUACCAGUAUUCGAGAAGACACUUCUGUCACCACUAGUGUUCUAAGAGUGACUGCUACGGAUGCUGAUACCAUUGCAUCUCCCUAUGGACAGCUAAGAUACAGACUGAUAGGAGAUGGAGACUUCCAGCAAUUCUUCAGUAUUGAUGCAAGCAGUGGGAAUAUUACAGUGCGACGCCCACUGACUUCACAGGAUGUGGCGUCAUAUCAGGGUCGUAUUGUAGCUGAGGAUGGAGGCUCACCACCAAGAUCAGCUACCGCCAUUGCUACCAUCAACAUUCAGAGGAACCUCAAUGCCCCGGUGUUUGCACAAGCUGAUUAUAACCGAACUAUAUAUGAAAAUCAACAAGUGGGGCUGGACAUAGUCACUAUCACAGCCACUGAUGCUGAUCAGAUUAGACCAAAUAAUGAAAUAACCUUUGAGAUGACAGAUAGCACACCAAACCAGAAUGGCUUGAACUACUUCCGCUUGAGAUCAGAGAAUAACCUUGGCAUUAUAUCCAUCAUUCUGCCCUUAUACACCGAUAAUCAGGACACCCCAGUGUACACGUUUUCAGUUCUGGCUCGUGACAAUGGCAGUCCUGUUCGGUUUUCGGCGUCCAGAGCUACAGUACGGAUCACUGUAUUCAGGAACUUAUUCGCACCCGUUUUCCAAGGCAUUCCUUAUGCUGCCACCUUAAAUUUCAAUAGUCCCAGUGGCACCUCAGUCAAACAAGUCAACGCCACUGAUGCUGAUGCACAGAGUCCCCACAACACAGUGACUUACUCAAUCAUUGGAGAUGCCACAGCACAAACGUUGUUCAACAUCAAUACUGCUUCUGGCCUGAUCACCACCAGGCAGAGUCUGCUGAAUAACAAUGUGGAAAAAUCCUCUAUACUGAUUAUGGCCAGAGAUGGAGGCACACCGAGCUUGACUGCAACCUCUACUGUAGAGGUCACCAUUGCAAGAAAUUUGAACAAUCCAGAAUGGGUCGUUUCUGCAUAUACUGUCAACACCACAGAAACUCAGGAUCUGGGAUCCACCAUUGCGAACCUGAACACUAGGGAUGGUGAUGUUCAGGCUCCAUACAACACGAGGAUUACAACGUUGACUGGAGAUUCCAACAUGCUACAAUUUUUUAGCCUGACAGAAAGUGGAGCACUGUCUGUACAGCUUCCCUUGACACGUACAAAUAUCAGAACUUUCACAGGAACUGUUUCUCUUCGAGAUGGAGGAAAUCCUCCUCUUACGCCUACAGGGGUAAAAACAGCCACCAUCACUGUGUAUGUGGACAGAAAUGACCACACUCCGUACUUUAUCAGUGACCCUUACUCCAGAGAUUUGGAGGGUAACGUUCAGCCGGGAGCCUCUGUGUUGACAGUAACCGCCAGGGACAAUGAUCAGGGUCAAUAUGGUCUGGUGCGGUACAGAAUUACCGGAGAUGACUUGGCACCUGCUUAUUUCCAGAUUAAUAGCAUCACAGGGUUGAUUUCAGUCGGGAAUGUUCUGAGUGGGGUCAAUCAAGAUCAAUUCAAGGUGAGAGUGGAGGCUUAUGACCAGGGAAAUCCCAGCAAGACCAACGUUACUGUUGUAACCCUGACGGUGCGAAGCAACUAUCAGCGUCCAGUCUUCAACCAACAAAAUUAUUUCAAACGUAUUCCUGAAACACAGAGUCUUGGUCAACUGAUUAUUGCAGUAACUGCAAACGACACUGAUGCACUGGCACCAAACAAUGUUGUGAGAUACUCCCUGACAGACGGUCCUGAAGAUAUUGAGUGUUUUCUAAUUGAUGCUGUAACAGGCAGUCUGUCUUUGAGAAGGUCCCUUCUGUAUGCUCCAUGUACAAAUAGCAGAUAUCAAAUGACAGUCACUGCCACAGAUGAGGGCUUAAAUCCUCUCUCCAACUCUGUAACUGUGACCGUGGAUGUAGAUCGCAAUGCUAACUCUCCAGUCUUUCAAAACAUCCCCACAAUUAGAGAAAUUGAUGAAAAUCAACUCGCAGGACAGAACUUUUACACGGUCACUGCCUCAGAUGCAGAUACAGUGAGUCCAUUCAAAGACGUCACUUACUCCCUGGUGGGUGACAGCACGGCUGUUGUUUACUUCCAAGUAGAUUCUUCAAAUGGUGGCGUUAGUUUGAGGCAGUCAGUUCAAGCCGAUACAGCUUCUACGUACAGGCUCUCGCUCCGAGCUACUGAUGGCGGAAAUCCACCUAAGUAUGAUGAGCAAAUCCUUACAGUCAACAUCAGGCGUAAUCUUCAGCGUCCCGUAUUUGAACAGCAGGACUAUUCCACUACAAUCUGGGAAACACAGCUGCUGAGUAUUGUAGUACAGGAAGUGUUAGCGAGGGACAAUGACACCAAAGCUCCACACAAUGAAGUAACGUAUGAAAUUAUUGGGAAUACACUUGCUCAGACGUACUUCAGGAUUGAUAACGAGGGGAGAAUUUACAUCCGGAUACCCCUCACCAAUGAUGCUGCCGACACAGAGCUUUACACUCUGUCAGUGAGGGCGAGUGACAAAGGAACACCUGUACUCUCCAGCAACAUCCCAGCUACUGUCAGGGUGACAGUUCUACGAAACAGAAACUGCCCCACUUUUACACCUUCGAAUGUGGCCUUUGCAAUUGACCAGUCAACCACCAGCAGAAUGAUCUAUGACGCCAAUGCAACAGACCCAGACACAGCUAAUACCCCAUUCAGCACAAUAUCAUACUCUGUGAUCGGGGAUGAAAAUGCACCUUCAUUCUUUAGGAUUGAUUCACAAUCUGGACGGAUUACUACAGUGGAACCGUCUUUAUUUUCUGAUCGGGGCACUGUUUAUCAGUUGAGAGUUCAAGCAACAGAUGCUGUGAAUACUGUCACUAGCUGCUCCGGAAAUCUUGUGUUGCGUGUGACUGUUAAUAGGAACUUGAAUAGCCCAGUAUGGAUCAAUGUGAACACACCAAAUAACUAUGUAACAACUAUUUUCGAAACACAUAGUGUAUCACAAUCUGUGACCAGGAUUCAGGCAUCGGAUAAUGAUGACAAGGCACCAAACAAUGUAGUUAGUUAUGCUAUGACUGCUACAUCCCCCAACAGGAACCUGUUCUUUGUAGAUGUUGAUGGUUAUGUGUACUUGAGAAAUAGUCUAGUAGGAGUUACAGGCGAUCCAUACACGGUGAAUUUUGUUGCCACAGAUGGCGGUAUUCCUGCUGAGAGCAGCCCUGUAGCCACAUUGACAGUGAAUGUAAUUCGUAACCAGUUUCCUCCUGAGAUUCUGAAUCUUCCUUCCACUGUCAAUAUCUCGGAGAAUCAGCCCGUCAACCAGCAAAUCUAUCAAGUCUCUGGCAGGGACAAUGAUACUUCUGCACCAUUCAACAGCUAUAGCUUUGAACUCGUGGGAGACAAUGCAGCAACCACUUUCUUCCAAGUGGCUCCUGGUGGUUCCGUUACCCUGCGUCAAUCAGUUGAUACAGAUUCUUCAAGCUCUUUCCAACUGCGUAUCCGAGCUACAGAUGGAGGAUCCCCUAAAAGACAGGACGAGGAGUUGCUGACUGUACAAGUGGAGAGAAAUUUACUGAAUCCAGUAAUGACUGCCCUACCGUACAGUAGGCAGAUCUUGGAAAUUCAAACAGUGUCACAGCCGCUGGUCACUGUGCAGGCUACAGAUAGGGAUAAAUUUGCUCCAAACAAUCAGCUGAGAUUUUACAUCGUGGAUUCCAACACAACCAUAUCCGAUUUCUUUAUGGUGGAUGAGGACACAGGCGCUGUCAUGCUGAAGAGGUCCAUGUUGGAUUAUCCGGAUAGAGCUACACGGUUCACAGUCAAUUUCCAAGUCAAUGCAGAAGACAAAGGAAGUGUACCUCGACAGGCAAACAAUCCUCAGCUGGUGUCUAUAACUGUGGUCAGAAAUACCGCACCAUCUUUCAGUCGUGAUUUAUACCAGGCUCAAGUUCAGCAGUUUGCACCAGGUGGAACAAGCAUAUCCUCCGUUACUGGAAGUGAUGCAGAUACCGACAGCCCAUUCAACAGCUUGACUUAUUCCCUGAUUGGCGAUGACUCAGCUCCUUCACUGUUCCAAGUUAAUUCAACCAAUGGAGUAAUUUCAACUAGGCCAACAACAAACUUGACUCAAACAUCUGGGAACUUUGUGGCUCGAAUCCAGGUUACAGAUGGUGGAUCUCCUCCAUUGUCAGACACUACUAAGUUGUCCAUUACUGUGCAAAGGAACCCCAAUGCCCCUCGUUUCCUGCACCUGAAGGACCUCACAAGAAACAUUGCAGAAACUUUACCUGCAGGCUCAGAAAUCCUAGAUCUCAAUGCCACAGAUGAUGAUGCUUUUGUACCAAACAAUGUAGUCUCCUAUGUCAUCACCGGGGGGACAGGAAAUCCACUGGAAUAUUUUUUCAUAAAUCCUGGCACAGGCAUUAUUGGUCUUCUGAAGUCUGUCAAGUCAAUCACGACCAACAGUUUCCUGCUGAACGUUGAAGCCCGAGAUCAAGGAAGUCCUCAACUUUUCGAUUCUGCCAUUGUACGCAUCAAUGUUCUGAGAGACGAUGGGGUGCUUAAAUUUACAGCAGAUAGCUACAACACGACAAUCAGUGAAAACCUAAAUAUUGGUUCCACAGUAGUGUCAACCAUAGCCUCCCCAGGGUCCAACAUUGUGUAUUCUUUGACUGGAAUUGGCAGUGGACCUGAUUACUUUGCUGUCAAUCCAACCUCCGGACGUGUGACAGUGAAUCAAGAACUCACUCAAGAUGCAUCCAGGCUCACCUUCUACAGGUUGUUAGUUCAAGCUGUAAAUCAAGGAGUAGCAGUACAAACCGCAACCUCGACUGUCAACAUACAAGUCACACGCAAUGAAAAUGCUCCAGUAUUCCCUCUGAGCCCGUAUUCUGUUACUGUGGAAGACACAAAGCCUCUGGGUUCUAACAUCACUCAGGUGUCUGCAACAGAUGCAGACAAUGACCAGCUGAACUACCGAAUAAUGAGUGGAGCUCCCUACACAGAUCUGUUCUACCUGAACCCUGUGACUGGAGUCAUUACGCUGAAGAACAUCCUGCUAGGAAGAACGGAAAACCAAUACACUUUCACGGUACAGGCUAGUGACCAGCGAAUUCCAGAACGCAGAGCCAAUACCACCGUAACGGUCAUUGUGAUUAAAGACCAGUUCAGCCCUCAGUUUAUCCGCACUCCCUAUCGCUCCGAAACCACUGAAAACACUCCUAGUGGGACAACCAUCUUUAGCACAGAAGCUACUGACCAAGAUCUUAAAGAGAGUAUCGUAUACACUAUUAUUGGAGACAAUGCUGCCCCAGCAUUCUUUGGUGUGCUCUCAGACAAAGGGAAUAUUACCAUUAUUAACCAAGGCCUUCUCAGGAAAGACGUGGGAACCAAUUACACACUCCGCCUCACGGCCCAUGAUACACGAUAUCCAGACAACAGGGCCACAGCAACUGUUGCCAUCACGGUGAGAAGAAACUUAAGGUCUCCAGUGUUUUUCCUACCAAGCUACAGUAAAACUAUUUUGGAUACUGUUCCAUUAGGGAGUCCAGUGGUCCAAGUAAAUGCUACAGAUGGUGAUGGGGAUCCUGUCCGAUACAGCAUCAUUGGAGACACCAGGGCUCAGCAAUAUUAUUACAUAAACCCAGAAACGGGCUGGAUCACAAUUAAACGCCAUCUGACUGAGGGAUUCCAACUCGGUGAUCAGAUUCAAAUACAGGCUUGUGAUCAAAGAGAACCUCAAAAUUGUGUCCAGACUGUAGCAAUCAUCACAAUUGAUCGCAACGAACAAACCCCAUUUUUCCUGAAUACACCUUACACCUGGAGGUUAGGUCAAGGCACUCCAGCCUCAGAGAACAUUAUUUUUACUGUCAGAGCUACUGAUCCAGAUUUGAAUCCAAACACGGGAAGCAUUAUGUAUGACACAAUAGGCAACUAUCCUGCUCCAUCGUUUUUCUCCUUGAACGCAACCACAGGACAAAUCAAGGUUGCUCGUGGCUUAAUGGAGGAUAGUUUGCAGAGAUCACGAUAUGACCUGGUGGUGAUAGCCUAUGACACGCAAUAUCCAACAGAUAGAGCAACUGCCACUGUGACAAUAAAUGUUGACCGCAAUCCUAACCCCCCAGUAUUCAACCCUACUACUUACAAUGAACGAGUAGCAGAGAGUUUGCUUCUUGGCAGCAAUAUCACACAAGUUCAAGCUACAGAUGCAGAUAAUGAUCAAAUCAGCUAUUUCUUUAGCACAACAGGAAAUACCGGGACUGAUGAUUUGCAGUUCUUCUAUCUGAAUGCAGACACGGGAGUGAUAACUCUGAAGACUCGGCUCACGUCUACGACGACAGACUCGUUCCAGUUUGAUGUAAUAGCCAGAGAUCCAAGUGGGAAAGAGGGCGUUGCUGUUGUCACAAUUCAAGUCAUUAGAGACCAGCCCCCACAGUUUCAGAGUGAACCAUACAGAGUUACUGUUGUUGAAAGCCAACAACUCAAUUCCAGAUUUUUCACUGUUGGUGCCAUUGAUCCUGAUCGAAAGGGUCAGAUUGUUUAUGGUGUGGUGGGAUCGUUGAAUGCUCCCUUCUUCUUUGCGGUUGGUAACGCGAGUGGAGAAGUCAUCACCGUCAAUGACUUAAAAACUGACAUCAAAUCACAGUAUGAACUUGUUGUCACAGCAUAUGAUAGCGGCUCACCAGGGAAGACAGCUACUGCCACAUUAACCAUAGAUGUAACCAAAAACCCAUCCAUCCCACAGUUUGAUCUGACCGAGUACAGCACCACUAUAUGGGAGGAUAAGGCACCAGGAUCCAAUAUCUUUAACAUCACAGCAGUGGAUGCAGACAGCAAUUCUCUGCGGUAUGACUUGCUGAGUGAUGGCUCAACAGACUCUAUCAGGGCUCUGAUGUAUUUCACAAUUGAUCCCAGCAGUGGUUAUUUUUACGUAGCUAAAUCAUUGAUGGAUGACACAACAAAACCUAGUGAAUAUAAAAUGAAAGUACGAGUUCGGGACCAGGAAUAUUCUGCUUAUGAGAAAAAGGCAGAGGCUAAUGUUAAAGUCAUUGUGAACAGAAAUCGUCAAUCCCCAUUCUUCACAGGCACUUACGCAAGAGACAUCUCUGAAAAUACAGCUGUUACGACAUCUUUGAUACAAGUUUCUGCCCAAGACAAUGACAUGCAGUUCACAAGUUUCAUAAGAUAUGAGACGACAGGAUUUGGAUCAGCACCAUAUUUAUUCUAUUUAUCACCUACCAAUGGGUCAAUAUAUGUGCAGAGUGAUCUCCGAUCUGAGAAAAAUGUCUUCUCAUACACCCUGCAAGUGCAAGCCUAUGAUGUAGCAUAUCCCAAUGAUAGGGCCACAACCAAUGUGACUAUUACAAUCAGACGUAAUGAAAAUUCACCAGUGUUUGAUAAAUUCACGUACUCUGCCAACAUUAGUGAAAACACUGCCCUGAAUGUCGUGGUUCUGCGUCUAAAUGCCACGGACAGAGACACCGGGGACAGAAUAACAUACGGGUAUGGUGGUUCCACUCCUCUUCCAUUUUCUCAGUACUUCCAACUAAGUCCCAACACAGGAAUAAUCACAGUUGGUAGGGACUUAACCGCAGACACACAGACAACAUACACGGUCACAGUUUUUGCAAAUGACAAUAGCAACCCAGCUAAGAGCACUGCAGUGUUAGUGGUAAUUUCGGUGUUCCGUGAUCGAUCAGUUCCACAGUUUUCUCUCGGGAAUCAGACCAUCACCGUGUCGGAAAACACUGCGAUUGGAACAUCAGUAGCAACAGUGGCUGCAAGUGACGCCGAUAAAGUGGGAGUCAUUACCUAUGAAGUGACAGGUGUGUACCCAGCUCCUAGUCUGUUUUCUGUUCAUCCCACUAAUGGUGUUGUUUCUGUGGCUAAAGACCUGCAGUUUGACGCUGUCCGAUCAGACUCGGAGUACAAACUGACAGUGGUGGCAUAUGAUUCUUUCCGUCCCAACAAGAGGGCUUCUGCCACAGUCACCAUUAUUGUCACCAGGAAUCCCAGUACACCCUCGUGGGAUUUGCCUGCCUACACCACUACCAUUCGAGAGGACCAUCCACCAUUCACAUCCGUUGUACAAGUCACUGCCACAGAUGCAGAUCAGGAGGACAAAAUCAGCUAUGACAUAGUGAAUGAAAUUGAUGAGAGAGGUCUCAGCAGUGGACAGUCAGACAACUUCUACAUAGACACAGACAAUGGCAAUAUUUAUCUGAAGACACCACUUUUGAAUACUCCAUAUACCAGAUUUAUUCUGACAGUUCAGGCUUGUGACGACGGUGUGCCCCACAAGUGUGCCAAUACUACUGUAACAAUCAACAUCAGUCAAGACAAAGAUGCACCAGUAUUUUCCAAUCCUCCCUUCAUCACAACAAUUAAUGAAAAUUAUGUUGUGGGACAGCAAGUUAUAGUUGUGAGGGCAAUUGAUUCUAAUCCAUUGUCUUCCAUUAGAUACAUGAUGGAACCACCUGUAACGAGAUACUUUGCUAUUAAUGAAGCAACUGGUAAUAUUACUGUUGCUAAGGCUCUGAACACUUCCUUAGAAACAACAUUUCAAUUCAAAAUUUCCACCUAUGACAGUGGCGAGCCUCAGUACAAGUCUACUGCUGAUGUGACUAUCUUUGUUAUCCGUAAUCUGAAUGCCCCUCGGUUCCUGCAAACUCCUUACAGUAAGCUGCUGGAUCAGAAUGCUAACUAUGGAUCAGUGGUUUUCAACACCACAGCUAUGGAUGAUGAUGGGGACAUUCUCCGAUAUACCAUGACGGGUAAUCCCCAGGCUGAAGUGCUGACGUACUUUGGAAUUGACCCUGAUGAUGGUGUUAUCUAUCUCAGAGAGUUACUGACUAGUCCACCAAGACAACAGUACCAGUUAUUUGUGUUUGCCAGAGAUCAGCGCCCUGUAAAUGAAAAAACAGGCACUGCAACAGUGACUGUCAAUAUUGACUUUGAUGCUGCCCCCCGCUAUCUUGAUAAUCUCCCUUAUACGCACGCCAUGCAGGAAUCAGCAGCUAUCAAUUCAACUGUAAAACAACUGAGAGGAGAGGACACUGACCUCAAGGGCAAUCUGACAUAUGAGGCCAUUGGAGUGUAUCCAGCUGAAGAUUACUUUAGAGUUGACCCAUCCACUGGAUUAGUCAGCUUAAUUAGGGACCUGAAGUCGGAUUCAUCCGGAUUACAGACCUACAUACUCCGCGUGGUGGUGUAUGACUCGCUAUAUCCACGAUUAAAAGCCACAGCAGAUGUGCAAAUCAGUGUCACCAGGAAUCCAUUCGCCCCGCAGUUUGUUCCAUCAGCUGAUUAUCCUACAACAGUACAAGAAAAUGUCACCUUAGGCUACCAAGUGUUAGACAUUAAUGCCCGGGAUUUUGAUAAUGAUCCCGUGACAUAUGAAAUAGUACAAUCCCAACCCACUGUUGGAGAAAAUUAUUUCUACCUCGACCCAAAUUCUGGAGUUUUGACGACAAAGCGGUUGCUGACAGAUGCUCCAGAUAAUUUCUAUCAGCUGACAAUCCAGGCCUCGGAUGGCAGAGGUAGGGCUGCCAAUGCGACAGCCAGAAUCACCAUUACUCGUAUUCAAAGAGACCAAAGGCCAUUCUUUGUCUCCACCCCAAACAAAACCAUAACAUUCAGAGAGCCAAUCAACAACGUGGUCAUCAAUGUACAGGCACAAGAUCCCAACCCAGUGGGAUCCAUCGUAUAUAAACUGGUGGGAAUUUAUCCAGCCCAGGAUUUCUUUGCGGUGAACAAUGCAACAGGAGCAGUAACAAUCAUUAGAGACCUUGCAACUGACAACUUUGAAACAAUGCAAUACACACUCCGACUUGAAGCAUACGAUUCUAACAACCCCAACUUGAGAGCAGAGGGAUUGUCUUUCAUUACUGUUAUCAGAAACCCAGCCACUCCAAGAUUUGAGGUUGUCAGUUAUGACAUGUCGAUUGAAGAAACUCAGAAUGUGGGCUUUGUUUUACUCACAAUCAAUGCAACAGAUGAUGAUGGCGACCAAAUUCUGUAUGACGUUGUACAAGACAGCAAUGGAAUCAGUGCUAAUGAAUUCUUCUUGGUAAACAGAGAAAAUGGGAAAAUAUAUCUGAUAAAGGAUCUCGGACUCACCAACAAAAACGUAUUCCCGUUUGAUGUAAGAGCUCGUGACCAGGGUCGUCCAGAGAAGUUUGCCACAGCAAGAAUUACGUUAAGUAUAAUCAGGGACAAUGGUCCUCCAAAUAUGCAGAGAGAGUAUUUCGCUGAAGUGCCUGAAACGGAACCUGUGAACCAUGUUAUUCCAUUCUACUCUAUAAGGGCUACAGACAACCCCAGGGGAUCCUUAGUUUAUGAAGAAGAAGGAGAUGGACUAGCUAUGGCGUACUUUGCGCUGGACAGAAAUUCAGGAAGGAUAACUGUACAGAAGAGUUUACUUACUACAAAUGAAACCAAUUUUGUGUUGAGAGCUGUGGCUUACGAUACCUUCUACCCUGAUAAUAAGGCCAACACCACUGUCCGGAUCACUGUCAAGCGUAACCCUAACGCACCGCAAUUCAGUCAAAGCGCUUAUGAGACUCAGAUCAAUGAGUACCAUCCAUUCGGUUUGACUGUGUUCACAGUUUCUGCAGGCGAUGCAGACAAAGAUGUGGUCCUUUUUUCCAUUGAACCUCCAAACGAUUUCUUCUACAUUGAGAAAUACAGCGGCAGAAUAUACAUUCGAAAAUCUCCGAGUGAAAAUCCAUCAGUGUCUGAGUACAAUUUCUUGGUCCUAGCCAGUGACCAGAGAAGUCCACCACAUAUUAGUAAUGCCACAAUGAAGAUCAGGAUCGGCAGAAACAUUGCACCUGUGUUUGCGAGAUUGCCAGAAACUACCUCUGUGUCUGAAAAUGCUGCCGAUAACUUUGUGGUGUAUACUGUCCAAGCUACUGAUGCAGAUAUGCGGCCAACCUCGAGACUGGUGUACACUCUGACUGGAUAUGGUUCUGGUCCGAGCUUUUUCAGCCUGGAUAGCACCACUGGAGAAGUCCGACCAACACCAGGAUUACGAAAUGACACGGCUCUGCAAUAUGUGCUACGAGUGUCUGUGUAUGACCAGGAGAUCAUGAACAUCAGAACAACCAGCAACUUGACGAUCAAUGCCCUGAGAAAUAUUAAUGCACCCAGGUUUUCACAGCGUUUUUAUGUGUACAACAUCACCGACACGACACGGCCAAGCACUGUCAUUGGUCAACCAACAGCUUCAGAUUUUGAUGGAGACAAGUUGCAGUAUUAUUUAACAGGAGAUGUGGAUGCCAGUGAAUACUUCUAUAUGAAUAGAGACACAGCUGAAAUCAUUCUUAUGAAGAGUUUGGACACUACAAAUCUAAGGACAUUCAAUCUUCAGAUAAGAGUAGAGGAUGGCCGAGUUCCAUUGAAAGCAGAUGCAGUUCAAGUCACCGUCAAUGUAGCACGAGACUUAGAGCUACCUCAGUUCAUAAAUAGGCCCUACAUUUUCAAUACUAAUGAGCAGAGACUGGUGAACUCCUCUGUAGGGACUGUCACAGCCUUUGAUGCUGAUCUUAGAGGCAAGAUACAGUAUGAGGUCAUUGGAAUAUAUCCAGCACCUUCUUUCUUUGAUGUGGACAAGGACUCUGGACAGAUCAGAAUCGUCAGAGAUCUCAAGGAGGAUACCUCUGCUACCGGAGUUUAUGUGUUGAGGAUCUCUGCAUAUGACUCAAGAGACCCAAGCAAAUUUACGACAGAAGAUGUAACAAUAAAUGUGGCUAGAAACAUUAAUCCGCCACAAUUCGAUAGAAAUCCAUAUUCAAGAACUAUCACAGAAUUAUACCCAAUGGGAGUACCUGUUCUAAACAUCUCAGCUUCAGAUGCUGAUCAGGAUGCUGUAUCAUACGCCAUUGUCCGUGAUAAUACCGGUGGAAAUUCCCUCGUUUACUUCUACAUCGAUGUCAAUGGAGGCUUGUACCUGAGGGAACCGCUGACAUCACUUAAUGUGCAAACACAGUUCAGUAUGGUUGUGGCUGCCACUGAUUCUGGAAGACCUUCAAGAUCAACAGAAGUAAAUGUAUUUGUCACAGUCACCACUAUAAAUCCACCGACAUUCAUAAAUGGCCCAUACACCAGACAGCUUGAGGAGAGAACAGCCAAUGGCACAAGUAUCAUAACGGUCAGCACCAGCCCCUCCAACGAUAUUGUGUAUGAGAUAGUGGGAGAACCACCAGCACCAUACUUAUUUUACAUUGAACAGAAUGGAGUUAUUCAUAUAAAGAAGGACCUGAGAACGGACAAAUCCAUGCAAUAUAAGAUAAGAGUUCGAGCUUACCAAAGAAACACACCUUCCAAGUACUCUGAAACUGAUGUGGUUGUCAAUAUGUUGAGGAAUGUCAAUCCACCCACAUUUAACCCAGACCGAUUUGAUAUUACAAUUAACUAUGAUGAUCCUGUGGGCAGCCGCAUAAUUCAAGUUCAGGCUGCAGAUGGGGACCAGGAUGUCCUUCAGUAUAGUCUUAGCGGAGACACAGCUUGUCAGAGCAGCUUCUACAUCAUCAGUGCAACAGGAGAGUUGUUCCUAGGCAAAAACCUUAAAACCACCUCUGAUGUCGAAUUUGAUUGUACGUUGAGUGUGACAGAUAAUGGAUAUCCAACACCAAAGAUUGAUACUGCUCCACUGAAGAUCAUUGUCACCAGAGGAUCUAACCCAGUGUUUGUUAAUCAGGAUACCACUCUUAAUCUGCGUGAGGAUGUUGCAGUCAGCACUCUAGUAGGGAAUCCAGUUGCAGCAUCCAGAAUCCCAACCCCUCAAAGUCCACAUGCUAUGGUUUAUGAGAUGAUUGGUGAAUACCCAGCUCAAAGCUUCUUUGGCGUCAAUAAUGUCACAGGUCAAAUCAGAGUCACUCAAGAUCUUCGCACUGAUGGAUUGAAUACUAAACAGUACAAGCUGUUGAUCUUGGCGUACGGAACAGACAAGCCUGACCUCAGAAGCACGGCAACAGUGACCAUUAAUGUACAGAGAAACCUGAAUGGCCCCAGGUUCUUUCCUCAGUCAGACAAUAUUGAGUUACCAGAAACCACCAGUACAGAUUUCUGGUCCAUGCCACAGAAUGUCUCUGAUCCAGACAGUUCAAAGAUCACCUGCUCCAUCACCUCAGAUGCAAAAUCUGUUGAAUUCUUUAAAGUUGAUCCCGACUCUUGUGUGCUUUCACUGAAGAAAUCUCUCAAAGAUGAUCCAGACUUAACCACAACAUACAAUGUUGUCAUUCGAGCAGUUGAUAAUGGUCAACCCCCUCAGUUCAACACCAAAACAGUAACGGUUACUGUUCCAAGAGAUACAGCCCCACCAAGAUUCCAGAAUCUGCCUAGAACAACUACCAUUGAUGAAACAACACCAACUGGUUCCUCCAUCUAUGAUGUCAUAGCAAUAGACACCUUGAGAGGAAAACUUCAGUACAGUAUUGUAGGAGAUCUCCCAGCACCAAGUUUCUUCCAGAUUGACAAGAAUACUGGCAGAGUCACCCUCCGAAAUUCUCCCAAGUCUGACGGAUUAGAAAGCAGCAAUUAUACUGUGAGAAUCCAAGUAAUUGAUGAUGCUUGGCCAAACAACCCAGAAUAUGGUGUUCUGACAGUACUGGUGACUAGAAACCGACAAGGCCCACAGCUGACACAAACAGCUUACAUCGAAAAUAUCCUGGCCAGUAACCCUGUAGGGUCCACCAUUCUUACCAUUGGGGCUUCGGACCCAGAUGGGGACAAACUGGUAUUUGCCAGCCGUGGAACUGAAAAUGACAAGAAGUAUUUCUACGUUCAUCCAGAAACUGGGGCUGUCAUUCAAAUUGGAGAUUUGACAGAAUUGCCAGAAAAAAAUCAGAUAACAGAAUUUCGGUUCAAUGUUGAUGUGUCAGACACGCGGCAGCCCACAAACACUGCGACCGCCUCUAUAGCCAUCAAUGUUACUCCAAUGCGAGGUCCACCAGUAUUCAAUCCCUCUUUCUACGAUGUUGAUACAUCAAUUAUGACACCUGUCAACGCUUCAGUGGAAACUAUCUCAGCAGUGGAUAAUGACUUACAGGGAAGAUUGGUGCUGAAUGUGAUCGGAUUUUCACCAGGCACAGAUUACUUCUGGAUGGAUCCAUCUUCAAGUUUUGCUUCAAUUCGAGUAAAGAAAAGGUUAUUGGACAAUCCCAGUGUUACGUCCUAUCUGCUGUUAGUGGAAGCUUAUGAUGACAAGUACCCAGACGAUAAAUCGUACGCUUCUGUAACAAUUAACAUCCUCAAAAAUGUCAACCCACCCGUCAUCAGACCUUCGCAGUUGUCCGCAACUGUUCAUGAUUACGACCCACCAGGAACGUCUGUUGUUGAUGUCAAUGCCACAGAUAUAGAUGAGACGGGGCCAGAAAAAACACUGAUUUACUCUAUAGAGGAUGGAAGAGAUGCCACUAAGUACUUCAGCAUUGAUCCCAUCACUGGGUUAAUAUCUAUAGACACUACACUCUCAGAAGACACUGCCAGACCACCAACUUAUGUGCUCCGAGUGCUAGUCAGAGACACCAGUGCGAAUCCCCUGUCUGCCACAGCCACAGUGACAAUCAAUGUGAACAGGAACACGAAACCGAGAUUUAUUGAACCUGCCAAAUUUACAUUCAGUCCCUCAGAAGCAGUCAGUGUGUAUGACUCCUUAUUUACCGUGUCUGCCACUGACUCAGAUUCACCGUUGCUACUGAACGGACAGAUAGAAUUCUAUUUUGUGGGACCAGAAGCAGCUAGUCGAGUGUUUGGCAUUAAUCCAGACACCGGCAGUAUCUUCCCUCGUGUCAGCCUGCGAGAUGUGAAUCAAGAUCAGUGGACCUUCACAGUGGGUGUUAGAGACAAAGGAAUUCCAUCACUAUCGGUGGAGACUCCAGUCACGGCUAAUAUUCAGAGAAUUGGAAAACCAGUUUUCCCCAGUACAAGAUAUGAUGCCACUAAGAAUGAAAAUGAUCCCGUGGAUGAAUUUGUUAUUCCUGUUUCGGCAUCUGAUCCCUUGCAAAGCAGCACUCUGGUAUAUGAGAUUCGAGGCGAUGGAUUGGCUGGGGAAUACUUCAAGAUUGGAGCUGGUGAUGGAGUCAUUAGAAUCAAUAAGUCUCUCUAUCUGGAUGACAACAAGACGCCAACAUACAGGAUUCGAGUAGUGGCGUACAGACAGUCUGACCCUGCACAGAUGGCUGAGACAUUUGUAUACGUUCUAGUAAUCAGAAAUCCUAACAGACCAAUCUUCUCACAUGGAAAUCUACAGAAAACCAUUAAUGAGAACACAGCCAUAUCUUCAUUUAUCAUCAGUGUCAAUGCCACUGAUGCAGAUCAGGGAGAGAAUGGUGAGAUUGUGUACUUCUUCAGCAGUCAGGAGUCACAACCAGUUUAUGCUGCCAGCUACUUCUACAUCAAUCCAACAACUGGAGAUAUCACUCUUUCUGCUAAUCUACGCGGUGACCCCAACACCCCUCAAUACCAGUUGCGUGUUAUUGCCAGAGACAAGGGAGUUCCAAGUCAGCAGUCAGGCGUAACCGUUACCAUCACAAUAGAGAGAAAUCCACAUCGCCCCGAAUUUUUACAAAGGACGUAUGAGACAGAAGUUAAUGAAAGUGCACCUAUCGGUCGGUCUGUCAUUAAGCUUGACGCCCGGGAUGAUGAUGGAGAUCAAAUUACAUUCAGCAUCGUUGAAAACCCACCAGCCUCAUUGUACUUCAACAUUGAUAGUAACACUGGGCUGAUCCGAACAGCCACCACCCUGUAUCAAGAUGACGCCGACAAAUAUGUGCUUCUGGUCACUGCCUCGGAUAGAACUCUGCAGGGAACAGCCACUGUAACCAUCCGAGUCAAACGAAAUGUCCACAAACCUGUGUUCUCAAACCCAAGCUAUGCUGUGACGAUCUCAGAGUAUGAGAGCCUCUAUGCCGUUAUUUAUCGUGUCAUUGCUAGUGAUAAUGAUGAUGACCAGAGCAGUAGUGGUAUUUUGAGGUAUUCCAUCACCAACAGCAAUCCUAUAUCUGCCAGUCCAGUGUUUAUCGUCAGUCCCACUACUGGAGAAAUUCAGCUGGCACAGUCUCUGACCAAUAAUGGGACACGGAAUCAGUACAAUCUUACAAUCAUGGCCAAGGAUGUAUCAAAUAACCCUAAAAAUGCAACAGCGCUGGUCACUGUUAACAUUGUCCGCAAUCAGUAUGCACCGGUGUUUGAACAGCAAGUGUACAACAAUGCAUCAGCAAGAGAUUUAGACAGAUAUGGCAUAUCUAUACAAAAUGUUUCAGCAGUAGAUGAUGACAGAAAUGUUAAAGAGAGUGCAAAUACACCGAAUGCCUUAGUGAGUUAUUCUUUGUCACCAAAUAUAACCAUAAAUGAUGGCCGCUUUGUACAGCAGAGAUACUUCCUCAUCACUCCCGAGGGAAACCUGAAAGUAAAUCAGCCUCUCCCUUAUGAACUGGAAGUGACGAAAAUAACUGUAAGAGUUAGAGCUUGUGAUUUGAGCUGGGCUCCAAAAUGUUCUGAAGUUCCAGUGAAUAUUGCAUUAUCUCACCAUGACAGACAGCAGGGGCUUCUUGGUUUCAAACAGCCAGUAUAUUACAAAGAGGUGUCAGAGUAUACCGAGCUGAAUAAAGUGAUAGUAGAAUUAGAUGUCGAGAACCAAGGAGCUUCUUCCAUUGAAUGUAGCAUUUUGGACAAAGACCGCUGGGAAAACAAGUUCUCCAUUACCAAAGAUCAAUUUAAUAAAAACUGUAAUCUCACACUGUUGCACACGCUGGACUUCAGCAAACAAGAGAAAUACAAUGUGAGUGUGGCAGUGACAGCGACAGCCAACAGAAGAAAGAGACAGGUGUAUAUUUACAACACGUACCCCAUUGCUUCCGUCAUAAUUCAGGUAGUAGACGAGAAUAACAAUGCGCCUCAGUUUGUCUACCCUCAGUAUCCGAUCAAUCCAGUGGAAUUGAGGAUGUAUUUUGGAGCCGUUGCAAAUGACAGCAGACCAGACAGGCCGGUCUUGGAUAUUUACGCCACUGACCUAGAUCUUGGCAACAAUGGUCGAGUGACGUACUCCAUUAAAGACGCAUCAGAAAUUCCAGUAAAUACACCAUUUACUCUCACACCUGAUGAUGGAGAGAUCACAGUUAAGAGAGAUCUCUCUGCAGAAUUGAAUAAGCCACUCCAGUAUCGCUUUAAGGCUUUAGCCAUUGACAACCCCAGCCUGCUCUCCCGGAGACAAUUAGAUGAAGGCAAUGUUAUCAUAAACCUAAUUCAUCCAUUCCAUCGCUUUGUCAUGGUUUUCAAAGACAGAAAUCCAGAGGACUUGCUACCAAAGAAAGAAUUCAUAAGACAAGUUAUUCAGAAUGUUACGAGGAGGGUAGCCAUCAUUGAGACUAUCGAGCGGAAGCGUUUCCUGAAUGAUUUGCAGAAUGUCCUUACUGAUACAAGCUCAAUACCAGACUCUGAUGUGUACUUUGUCCUACAGCAAACAUUUGAGCCAUUCCACCUCAUCAACAAUACAGAACAGAAUAUAUAUUUCCCAGAAAAUGUUCAGGAGGAACUGAAGAACAGGAUCGGUGGAGAUCCUUCACUGCAAGUCGUCACCAUCAGGAAACCAUUCAGCAGUGAAGCCAACCUUAUCUACCAACUGAGCAAGUCGUACGUGUGGUGGCUGGACGACCCCUGGGCAGCACUGGUGGCCCUAUCAGCCAUCUCCAUCCUCCUCUGUCUCGUGGGACUCAUUGUCAUCAUCUUCACUCACUCAAGGUAUAUGAGAUAUAUACAUGAAUACGAAGCCCAUAUGAAGGCAUUUGAUCAACCUGAAUUUGUUGAACCCCCGAGUUUCCUCCGGGAAUAUGAAACACAGAGUUUGAACAUGUACGUUCCACCAGACGAGGCGGUGCAGGACUUGGGAGAAAUAAAUAUGACAUUUGAGGGUGAAAAUGUGGUAGCAGCAGAGCACAUUGGUGGGGAUCAAGGAAUUACAUCUGCAGUCAACCCAAUUUACCAAGAGGAUGAUCCUCAGACCAUGCAGCCACCAAGGCCAACAGGAUUUACAGAAAGUACAACCAUGUUGUGAUUGUAGACUAAGUUAGAGACUGGCCAUCAACAUGUUCAUGGCUACGCACUCCAUUCUGAGGCUUCCAAUUUCUCAUUUACAUAUUCAUCACCUCCAUCAUUACCCAUCAUGCCUCAAAGUUUGCAGAGUGCAUACAUUUAAUUAAAGUAAAUGUGAUUAACAAUCCAGUGACACAUAAAAAAACCCAAAGAAUAUAUUAAUGCUGAAAAAUCUAAGGUGCCAUGGAGGAACGAAUUUCAACAAAAAAUGUAGUGAAUUUUUGUGCAUUAUACAUUGCAUAUGUUAUGCAAAAAUGUUGUUUUUUUUCCUCUCAAAAUGAUACCUUAGUGCAUCAUUUCUGUUAAACUAGUGUUUAGAUUUUUAUAUUCAUUAUUUUUUCAAAGUAUUAUUGAAUAAACAUAUUACAGAAAAGUGCACACAUAUCAAACGAAGUAUUUUUUCUCUUUAAGAUGAAUUUUUAUGAUAUACUCCGUCACAUUCCAUGUCAUUAUUUAUUAUGGUUGUAUUUUGUUCUCUUUUGUGGAAAUUUUUAUCCUGAAAUCUUGGAAAUUAUGUUUUGUAGAGGUUGUUUGUGGUAUAAACUGUUAUAUUUCUUAAUGAUAUAGAGAUUUUUAUUUUUGUACACAGAUGACAAACCUUUUUUUUUUUUCUUAUGAAAGUUUGCUUCACAUGCUAAAUGUUCUAUGAAUAAGCUUGCCAUCAUGCACAAUGUUGGGUGUAUAAUUUGUUUGCCAGUAAAGUGUGUUUAUGUUAUAGGAUUCGAGAAUCACAUAUUUCAACCAUUUGUAUUUUUAUAAACAAAUAUACUCUAUUUUUCAAUACU